AUGGAUUCUCUGGACGUGUACUACAACGGAAACUUUGAGCAGCCAGAACCCGACAGCUUUGACCGCAACGCGCCGUCGUGUCGGUUUUUACGCAGUGCAGAGCAGGCUUCUUAUUCCGAGUCGCCUUACGCCCCGCUCGAAAACACGGAACGGGAUUACGCGUCCUACGAGCUACCGUCGUGCCAGCACGCUGUACCGGAGCGGACGCCAUCACCUGGAUACGUCUCAGCCAAAGGCCGACAGCAUGACGAAUACCAGUCGGUAACGGAACAGACCAGCGAGACUGAGGAGACGGGAGUGCAGGUGGCCUAUCCAUGGAUGAGAGCUUUACGUCCUCAACCCUCCCAGGCCUCGCUAACAGGAAGUUAUUUCUUUGACGACUCGGAUGACCACAAGCGGAGUCGGACGGCAUACAGCAGAGCCCAGCUUUUGGAAUUAGAGAAAGAGUUUCUGUUUAACAAGUACAUCUCCCGGCCUCGCAGGUACGAACUGGCAACGACGCUCAACCUCACGGAGCGACAUAUUAAAAUCUGGUUUCAGAACAGGCGGAUGAAGUGGAAAAAAGAGGAGGCGAAGAGGCACGGAGGCACGGAGAACAAAGACGCCGCCGACUCAACGUCACGAUUGUGA